GUGUAGAUAUGGGGGGCGUGUCUGUCAGCGUGCGCGUGCACUGUGCAGCGCGCAUUAUAAAAGGAAUUAUGCAGUUAUACCACUAACACUCGCCCCUAGACGACGAAAGAGAUCAGGGAGAGUAUAAAAGCUAGUGUCUGACGCAUAAACUGCGGUUCAGUUCGUCCCGGCCUAUAGAUCUGCUGUCAUCGUGCCUGCGUAGCCACACGCACCGAACCCACGAGACACCAGCAACUGACCCUGCAUUUUGGUGCGUGCGACCCUCAGGAUGACUGCACACGUACCAACGUUGGAGCCCUACCACUACUGUGAAUAUUCGGAGCGCCACCGCUCCGGACAUGGAGCUGCAGAAAAUUUUUUGAUAACUCCAGAGAAACUGGAGGAACUGAAGAGCAGAAUUCCCCGUGCCGGACCCAAGUACCGUCUGGGGAUGUACUUUGAAACCAUUCACGACCUUUCGGAAUUCGAAGACGUCCACGAACCAGCAGAAGACGGAUACUCAAGCUACUGGGAAACAGAGACAGAAUUCGAGUCAGAGCUCGGAAAUUUUAUCUUCAAUAACGUGACGGGAGACUCUGCUUCAGUGAUCUGCAUCGACGAGGCCAUGGACCUGCUGGCAAUGCGGGAACAGCAGCAGCAGAUGCAGAUGGAGAUGGAGGAGGCGAGGAGAAAAGCCACCACAUCGGAAAAUGUCAACGACAAUCUUGCCAAGUUGGGUCCUGGUGACCUGGAAGAGUACACCUUCAACCAGCCUGCAGACGACAAGAGGUCUGGUGGAGCAUCGCGUCACUCGCACCAUUCCGGUUCGGACGGGACUUACGACGGACCACAGCCAGCACCGAUCCACACCACGCACAUAGCCGCAACUCCCCUGCCCGACGAACCAGACUCCAAGGAGGACCACAUUUAUGAGACACUCGAUGCCUGCCAGGACCACCAUUUCCAGGUGUACAUCACCAAGGGCUCAGGCGAUUCUCAGCGAUACACUGCCGCUACCUUUGUGGCUGGCAAAGCAACAACCAUCACUACAGGGCACGCCAGCGACAAUGACAGCGAUAAGAGCACAUCGAGGAAAAACGGUGCCUCUGCAAAGUCGUCCUCUUUCAAGGGAGUCUUUAGCAAAAGCCGGCAUCAGAGUCUCGAACAGGCCACAGCUGUUCCGAGAAAAGAAAAGCAGCUUCUAAAGAAAAGAUCAUCACUAGAUUCCCACGAGAGAGGUGCGCAAGUAGCUCCCAAGCAGUACCCUGGUCCCAUCAAAGGCUAUGGAACAGACAAGCCAGCUCCUUCUUCACCCCUCAAGCGUUCUUCGCAAGAAAAGAUCAACUCUUUCUCGCCCACUGGCACAAACAGCUCCCAUAACUCCAUCCCUGCAUCACUCAUCAUCAAGCACAAGGGCAAGACGUACGUCAUCCCAGUUGUAGACAGAAAGAGGGAUGCUAAGAGCAAGCAGGGCAGCUCCUCCAGUUCCAAAAGAGUACACAAUGUCCUUUGUACGACUGCUCAGAGCAACCUACCCCCACCUCCACCUCCCUUGACUUCUCAUCCAGCCCUUCCCCAAGCAGUGGCAAGUGCAUCAUUUGCUUGCUGCCAAUCACUGGCAGGACCACCAGUACCACCUAAAAAGCUUGCCACUGUCAGUCAGGCUGCAACCGAACACUACGAUGGGGGCAGAAGAAGAAAAGCAAGUCAGCCUAAUAACGCAAGCAUAGCACCUUCGUCAAAACACAGCGUUGCAGCAUCAAACAAAGUCACGCACUACGGGAUGUUGUGAAGCCUAUGUAGUGUGUUGUGUGUGUGUUUUGUGGUGUGUAUCACGUGUAACUGGUUUGUUUUUGUAUAUGUACAUAUGUGUGCGUGUGUUUGGCACGAUUUCUCAUUGUUCUGCCGUCGUCCAUGUACAAGUUGUCCAUUUUGCCGUGUAUUUUUCUUGCUUUUUUUUCAAUUGACAGGUAUGGUUUAAAUGUACUGUCAUGUAAUGUUCAGUACACAGAAGCAGCAUCACUUGUGUAUAUAUAUAUGUCGGUGGAAUCUUGUUCCACAUUAUAAUUAUAUCCUUCAUAUAAUCACAGUGGAGAAACUACCUGAUAUUUAAGUGUGUCAUUUUUAUAUGCAAGCAAGGAAACGCUAUAAUGCAAUCAACUUUUUGGUUAUAUUAUGAUGCCUGA